GGCCGGGCACCCGAGCGCAGCCCGCUGUGGCCAGGCCGCUUCAGGGGGUGGCGCCAACUCUUCGCAGCGCUGGGCCCCCUACGGAGCAGCAAAGGCGCCCCAGGAGGCGGAGCGGCCGCGGCUGGGGCCUGCGCGGAGGAAUAUUAACCUGACCCUAGAAGACAGCAUUGCAGGGAUCUAGAAGGAAAAGGAUUAAAGAUGACUGAGUGCUUGGCUCCAGAAAUUUAAAACACAGUAAACUUGGGGCAGAUAUGGAAAAGGUUAUUUCCAGAGAAGAAUCCUCAAUACAAACAGUCUCCAAUAUGCAAAGAGCUGGAAUCAAAGGAGGCUUUCAAUGAAUAUACCGUGUUCUGCUCUGGGUCAUCUGCUGUGGUGGUUAUAGCAAUGAGGACUGCACAGGACUGAGUCCAUAUGGAAGAAGAACUUCCCCUUUUCUAUGGAGAAAGUGGCAAGUCAGUACAGGCUACUUUGUCAUCUUUGAAGAUGUUAGAUGUGGGAAAGUGGCCGAUCUUCUCCCUUUGUUCUGAGGAAGAGCUGCAGUCAAUCCGUCAGGCCUGUGUCUUCGGCAGCGCUGGCAAUGAAGUUUUAUAUACGACAGUAAAUGAUGAGAUUUUUGUUCUUGGCACAAACUGCUCUGGCUGUUUGGGAUUAGGUGAUAUCCAGAGCACCAUUGAACCCCGGAGACUGGAUUCUUUAAGUGGCAAAAAAAUAGCCUGCCUCAGCUAUGGGAGUGGUCCACACAUUGUCCUUGCAACCACAGAAGGGGAAGUCUUUACCUGGGGUCACAAUGCUUACAGCCAGCUGGGCAAUGGGACAACUAAUCAUGCUUUAGUGCCCUGUCAUAUCUCUACUAAUUUGUCAAACAAACAAGUCAUUGAAGUUGCCUGUGGGUCUUACCAUUCUUUGGUGCUAACAUCUGAUGGAGAGGUAUUUGCCUGGGGUUAUAAUAACUCCGGGCAAGUAGGAUCUGGAUCAACGGCUAAUCAGCCAAUUCCUCGAAGAGUCACCAGUUGUUUACAGAAUAAAGCAGCUGUGAACAUAACAUGUGGGCAGAUGUGCUCAGUGGCAGUGGUGAACACUGGGGAGGUCUAUGUGUGGGGCUACAAUGGCAACGGGCAGCUCGGACUCGGCAGUAGUGGCAACCAGCCAACCCCCUGCCGAGUGGCAGCUUUGCAAGGCAUCCGUGUUCAGCGGGCUGCCUGUGGCUACGCACACACAUUAGUAUUAACAGAUGAAGGCCAAGUGUAUGCUUGGGGUGCAAAUUCUUAUGGCCAGUUGGGCACUGGCAAUAAAAGUAACCAGUUCUAUCCUACUCCUGUCGUGGUGGAAAAGGACAGAAUCAUAGAGGUUGCAGCCUGCCACUCUGGCCACACAUCUGCUGCCAAGACACAGGGCGGGCACGUGUACAUGUGGGGCCAGUGCCGGGGCCAGUCGGUGACCCUGCCCCACCUCACCCACUUCUCCUGCACGGACGACGUGUUCGCCUGCUUUGCCUCUCCUGCUGUCUCGUGGCGCCUCCUCUCCGUGGAACCUGACGACCACCUCACAGUGGCUGAGUCACUGAAGAGGGAGUUUGACAACCCCAACACUGCAGACCUGAAAUUUCUGGUGGAUGGAAAGUACAUUUAUGCACAUAAAGUCCUUCUAAAAAUUAGGUGUGAACAUUUUCGUUCUUCGUUGGAAGACAAUGAGGAUGAUAUUGUAGAAAUGAGUGAAUUUUCAUACCCUGUGUACCGGGCCUUCCUGGAAUACCUGUACACUGACAGCAUCAGCCUUUCUCCUGAGGAGGCUGUAGGACUGCUAGAUUUGGCUACAUUUUAUAGAGAAAAUCGUUUGAAAAAGCUCUGCCAGCAAACCAUCAAGCAAGGCAUCUGUGAGGAGAACGCCAUCGCCCUGCUGUCGGCCGCUGUGAAGUACGACGCUCAGGAUUUAGAAGAAUUUUGCUUCAGGUUUUGCAUAAACCAUUUGACUGUAGUAACGCAAACAUCAGGCUUUGCAGAAAUGGACCAUGAUCUCCUGAAGAACUUUAUCAGCAAAGCAAGCAGAGUUGGAGCCUUUAAAAACUGAUCCUCACCCUGCAGAAAAGAAUUUUUUAGCAUUUCCAUUUUCCCUUCAAAAACCAGUGAAUAACUUCUCUUUAAUAGUAUUUAUGAUGAGCUACAUUCUCCUGAAUACUUACUUCUGUCAAAAUAAGGAUAAUGGUCAAGCUUCCCCAUCUGUUCAAAUCCAGAGUUUACAGAAAAUGUAUUAAAUGUUCAGAUGUUACUAAGGUCAAGAGAAAAAAAUUAAAAUGUCUCAUAUUUACUAUUUCCCCUUUUGAGUCAAUUCAGUGGGAUACUUCUGGUACAAUGGUCUAAGUAUAUGCUGUUCUGGCCAAAUUUUCCUUAUUCAGUGGCUGGUAUCACAGAGCUAGCUUGACAAGGAAUUCUGUCACUACUAUAUUUUCAGCAUCCAGUACAGUGCCUUGCAUACAGUAGGCACUCCAUUAAUUUAUUAAAAAUCUUAAAUAUGCCCUGAGAACAGCUUUAUUUAUUGAAUACUGGAUGAAGAAGUAACUUGCACAAAACAAAUUACUGUAACUAUUGAGUUCAUAUUCAUCGGAGAAAGAGUGGCCAGUUUAGAGCAUUGAUUAGAAUUCAUAAAAGGCCUUUGCAAUUAAAUAGUCAAAGGCCCAAGGGCUAAUUUAAAUUUUCUGUUUACUCUGAGUCAUUAGUUUUAAGUGGGAUUAUUGAAUAUCUUGUACUAUCUUUGAAUGAAUGUUAUUUCUGGGCUUGUCUGCCUUACAUAAUUGCAUAAUGUCCUUUGCUUUUGGGCUGAGAGAUUUGCCGCUAAGUAAAAAUGAUUGUUUUUCUUGUAGUUAACUUUUAUGUAACUGUAAAACAGGUUUCUUAACCUGGCACAGUGUAGUUAUAAAGUACUAGCUGAAAGGGACCUAACUUGCAUUUCAUGGACAGCUUUAAGAACAAUGAAAUAAAUUUAUGCUUUUUAGACCAAAGCAAGUUACCCAACUGCAAAAGAAAAACUGGAACAGGAUGUGGGAUGUAGUGUCAGAUUCUUCUAAUAUGUAUUUCACAAUAUGAAAUUAUGUAAAGAAAACUCUUUUGGAAUUAGAAACCUUGUUCUGAUGCUGAACUAUUUGAUAAUAAAGUGCUUAUUUGCA